UAUGGGUCAUAUCAAGGUGGUGGCAUGUUAAACGUUGAUGAGACGGCAAUUCUGUUUGACAUGCCACCUACCAAGAGCUGGGCCAUGAAAGGACGGAAGGAUUCGGCACGGAUACUGGGCACAGGGCACGCAGGUCGUAUGACUGCCGUGCUAACAAUUCGCGAUGAUGGAGCGAAAUUGCCAAUUCUAUUCAUCAUCCGUGGAGUUCCAGGCGGUCGGAUUGAAGAAAACGAGUUCAAGGAGUUCCCAGAUGAGCAUGUUUACGCG